UUCGAAAGAUAUCAUAGUGUUCAUUGUAAUUUACGGUAUUCUGCAAAAUGUAUCCCAGUUCACAUCAACUCAUAAUCUUGUGGACAAUAAUCCACGUUGUUGCGGCUAUCUCAAAUCUUACUUCUGACCAAGGUUUCGAUUCGAGUAGUCGAGUCGUCGAGCAAUCGAGUGAUGCCGUCGACCUUCGAUCCCUGCAACAACAACUGAAUCAGGAAUCCUUGAUCAGGCUGUCUCUGGUCAACCAACUGUACACGUUGAGCAGCGACAUGCUUACCGUGAAACAACGAAUGAUGGCCAUCGCAGUGGAAGGUCGACAGUUUGAAGACAAACUGGAAGCAAUGGAGAAGAAAAUAAUCGCGCUUGAAAACGAAAACCGGCGCAUGCGUGAUACCCAGGAACAAAUUUCUAUCCUUUUGAGCAAUGCAACUGACGUCGCAACUUGGUAUGGUUUGCCCAAUGUUGCUACUCCAGGUUCUCAAGACAAUGAGUCAGUUGUUGCAUUCAGUGCCUAUAUGAGUCAAAAGCAUGAUUUAAGCAAACUCACUGCGGAAAACGUUGUGUACGAUAAGACCUGGCUGAACACAAAUGGCGUUUACAACAAGAUCACUGGCUUGUUCACAGCGCCAUCUAGUGGACUUUAUGUAUUUUCCUGGACGAACCUCGUAGCCGAAAUGCCAAUGUUCGAUUCGGAGAUUCUUGUAAAUGGGGAGAGAAAAGAUCUGGCAAAAUGCAGUCAUGAACUUGAUAGACAAGGAUUUGAAAGUUGUUCAAAUUCAGUUCCCGUGGUUCUGAAAAAGGGAGAUCUGGUGAAUAUUCGAAAAGUGGAUGCCAUUUUACUGCAAGGAAAUCAGUGGUCCAGUUUCAAAGGAUGGAAAGUGCGAUAAAGACAUGUUGUUUUAAUUUUUAAGAUAUUGUUUCAUAUUUUUGAUUUUCAAUGUAUAUAAUUUUAACUUUAAUCCCAAAAGUUCCUCAUUUAUAUGAGAAUUGAUUUAUACAAAAAAAAAAAAAUAUAGAAGAAUUUGUCAUCAGAAAUUUGUUCGUUUUUACUUUUUGGUUUUAUCUGGAUGAUUUUAAAAAUAAAUGUGAAA